CCUCUCAGAAACUCCAGGGAUGGAUCCCUGUUUCUCCCAUCUCCGGAACUCGGCGAGAGGGCCGAGCCGAGUUGCCGCAUGCGUGACCGCCAUGCGCGACGUUGCCGUCUCCCUCGGUUCCCUCUCUCAGCCUCCAAGUUUUCCUCUUCUUUUUGCACCACUAACCAGCCCCCAUCACUGUCCAGGAGCGCUCAAAGCCGCCGAUCUGGCCGCGUUCGUCUGCAACACCGCAGACGUCGACGUACGUAUCUUCAUCUGGGCCUGGUCUGCACGUCUGCGUCGAGCCCCUGCAUCAGCUAGACCUCCGCGUCAUCGACUUCAUCUGCACGUCUUCCCCGGUGAGCCCCGCCUCCCCUCCGCGGAGAUCGUCGUCGAGCCCAUCCGUGGCAGACCGUCUCUGACGCCGACGUCUUCGCCUUCGUCCGAAAGCUGUCAAGCUCGUCCAUGUCGGCCGAGUCGAGUUUGCGCGACGCGGCUCCCGCGUCCCCUACGUCGCCCGCCAACGCCCUGCGGAACGGUCAUGGAGGCUGGCGUCGUCGUGUUCGUCUGCAGCGCCGUCGACCCUGUCGCUGUCCGUGUCGGCGUCAGUGAGCCCUUCGGCGCACCCGAUGCGGCCUGCUGCGUCGCCACGAGAAGCAGAGCCCUCCCCCGUGACCUCUCCGCGCGCCUUCCCGGACGACCACGGUGAGCCUCCGUCCGCGCGGCGCCUCUGCCUCAUCCCGGUCGCCGUUGUCGAGCGCACUCAGGCUGCUCCGUCCCGCCGCCAAGAUCUCCUCCGACCUUGCUUCCAACCGUGAGCCCGCCUGCGCAGAGGAGAAGACCAAGCCGAGCCUCCUCCGCAGUCCCGCGUUGUUCUCCUAACCUCCGAGCACCAUGGUGAGCUUUCCGAGUGCCGUCGUUCUGGACGCGAACAGCAUCGCGUUUCGAUCGUGUUUUGGUUAGCACGUGAGGUAGCUAGCUGGAGCACACUUUUUAAAGCA